GAGCCGGUAGGAUUCCGGCUCCCGCGGCCGCAGCGCGCGGCCAGAGUACCUACCCGGCUCCUGCUUCCGUGUCCGCCCCAGCUUCAGAUUUGGCCUAAGGUCCGCGCCCGGCUCCGCCGCGGCCCACAGAGCUGCCAGCGACCUCCGCAGAGCUCCGGGUGCCUGGGCGGGGGGCCAUGCCGUGCCGGAGGGAGGAGGAAGAGGAAGCCGGCGAGGAAGCGGAGGGGGAGGAGGAGGAGGAGGACAGCUUCUUCCUGCUGGAGCAGUCGGUGACGCUGGGCAGCUCGGGCGAGGUGGACCGGCUGGUGGCCCAGAUCAGCGAGACGCUGCAGUUGGACGGGGCGCAGGACAGCCCGGCCUCCCCGUGCGCGCCCUCGGGGCCGCCGCUGCAGUCUUUUUUUUUGGCAAUUUAAACCUGAAAUUGGAUAGACAGAGAAUGAAAGCCAGUAUAUAAUGUCUUGCUUCAAAAAGGAGACCGCGGCCGUGUGCGGGGCCGGGCUGCGCCUUACUUUGUGGCGGAGCUUUCCACAGGUCCUAGCGCUCUGUCCCCACUGCCCCCUCAGCCCGGCCUAGAUGGGGCUCCAGAAGCCUUCAAACGGGGCGCCCCUCAGUCGCUGUCUGGCCCGUGCCGGCGAGGAUGGCUGCGAGGCGCCGCCGGUUCCCGCCGCCUGCAGCAACGACGCGGGCCCCAGCCGGAAGUCCGCACUGGCGACGAUGACCCGCACCGACUCCUGCAGCAGCUCGUGCUCUCGGGGAACCUCAUCAAAGAGGCCGUGCGAAGGCUUCAUUCACGACGGCUGCAGUUACAUGCAAAGCUUCCCCAGCGCCCGCUCCUGAGGCCUCCGACGGCCCCGGUGCACAAGCCCCCUUCGCCCCGCAGCCCUCGCGCGGCCUGCAGCAACAACUCUGGUGCGACCGGGAGGAGGGCGCAGCUCCGAACUGGUGACGGCGUUCUUGUGCCCGGCAGCUAAUACCGCGGGAGUGGCAACAGCACCAGUCUCUCCCUGGAGGGCAAGGGGUUCAUCUCUACUCAGACGACUGGUGAAGUCGCUUUUCUGGAAGCGGGAAAAUAAGCUAAUGAAGAUGAUGAAUUGAAAAGUUGCGAAUGUUUUUGCGGGGUACUGAGGUCAAGAGCCCUGAUGUUGAAAAACCGGUCUUGGCCCUAUUUAACACAGGUUACAGAGCGUACCCCAAGCCCACAGUCGGUAGGACUUCUUAUUUGGCGUGACCAAUCUUGGAGGCACAGCUUCCAGUUUCAUGUACCCUCUCCGGGUCCUCCAGCCUGGCACCCAUGUGGCCACAGUCCACGCUUCUCAGGAUUGCAGAGCGCCCAAAGGACAACGAAGAUCCCAGUUACUUGCUUUACCUUUUCAAGGCUGGUUCCUGAUCCACUUUUGAGGGAGGGGAAUACGAGUACACGACCAUUUCAGGGAGUACCUCAAUCUGCCAGAUUUGAAAAUUUACGACACUUAAAAAAAAAAAAACCCAUCUCGUGUGUUUUGGGGUUCUUAAAACACGCGGUACCAUGAAAGGACCUUUUUGGGAAUUGAAUAGGAAUAACCUUUUCUCUGCUCCCGCUUUGCAACUGGCUGCUGUUCUCUGAGUGGGGAUGGGAGGCGGGGGCGGGCGCGGCUGGGGAUAGGGUAGAGUGAGGCGUCGAGGGAACCCUUGGUCCUCUCUAAAGUAUUUUCACAGCCAGCCCGCCCCUCCUUGGGUUCAAGGUCACUGUUUCCAGGGCGCACAUGGGGUUGCGGGGCUCCAGCCGGGGAGAAAAGUAUCCCGGUUCUGCCUGCAUUCGGAAAAGAGCGCAGUGUUUUUGCAAGUACUGGAGUCUCCUGAGGACACCGGCACCGCCGCCAACCGCGGGUGAAGAGAGGCAGGGACGCGGCUGGGCGCCGGUGCCUCCCGCGAGCGGCCGCGCCCUGGGUUUUCACAGAAACUGGAGACGUGGCCUCGGGUCCAUCCUCUACCCCCCUGGCUCUACUGUCCUACUGAAGAGUGGUGUUGGUGCUCCUGGGGGCCCCGGCUGGGGGCUGGGGAGGAGCCACGUGACGGGCACUCCAGGGAGAAACAGCCUCGCAUAGCAGCUUAUAAUGGGCUCUCCGGGGCCAUUUGCAAUAACAGCUGCAAUUCCCUGGAUACAUGAAGUUGAUUUCCUCCCUCCGCCCCUCCCCCAGCCAUGCCUGUUCGCCUUUGUAAGAGAAGGAAACUGAGUAGAAAAUGUGACCCUCCAAAUAGAGAAGCUGCAGGUUUUGCCGUUGUGAUCCGUGAAGUUUUUGUAACAUGCUGUUCAAGGGAUUUAAGACCGUUUAGUUGGUGUUUUAGUUUUAUAAGAUUCAAUGGCUUGUUCAUCAUCCAGAUGUGGCUAUUGACAAAUCUACACUUCGCAACGGAGUAUCCGAAAUUGUUGCUAUCCUAAUUAUAGGAUUUUAACUUAACUGAAAUUCCUGUUUUUUAAUAAACGUGUUGUGUUUCUUGUUUGGUUUUAUUUUA